CGCCCGACGGGCCAGCGCCCUAGCCGGGCGGGCGCGCAGAGCCGGGCUGCCGUUCGGCCCGCUGGAGCCCGAGCCAGCGUCCGACCCUCGGGUCCCCCCAAAAGCAGCGCCCACCCGGGGAGGAGGAGGAGGAGGAGACGGGAGGAGGAGCGGGCCCUACUGACCCUGGCCCCAGCCCUUCCCUGCCGGCGGUGCGAUGAGCUUCUUCGGCUUUGGACAGAGCGUGGAGGUGGAGAUCCUGCUGAGCGAUGCGGAGAGCAGGAAGCGGGCCGAGCACAAGACGGAGGACGGCAAGAAGGAGAAGUAUUUCCUCUUCUACGACGGGGAGACGGUCUCCGGAAAGGUGAGCCUCGUGCUCAAGAACCCCAACAAGCGGCUGGAGCAUCAGGGCAUCAAGAUCGAGUUCAUCGGGCAGAUCGAACUCUACUACGACCGCGGGAACCACCAUGAGUUUGUGUCCCUGGUGAAAGACCUGGCCCGGCCCGGAGAGAUCACCCAGUCGCAGGCCUUUGACUUUGAAUUCACACACGUGGAGAAGCCGUAUGAAUCCUACACAGGGCAGAAUGUGAAGCUACGGUAUUUCCUUCGAGCCACCAUCAGCCGCCGCCUCAAUGAUGUUGUCAAAGAGAUGGACAUUGUCGUUCACACACUCAGCACAUACCCAGAGCUGAACUCUUCCAUCAAGAUGGAAGUUGGGAUUGAGGACUGUCUGCACAUUGAGUUUGAGUACAAUAAAUCCAAAUACCACUUGAAAGAUGUCAUUGUAGGGAAGAUAUACUUCCUGCUGGUGCGGAUCAAGAUUAAGCACAUGGAGAUAGAUAUCAUCAAGCGGGAGACAACUGGAACUGGCCCCAAUGUUUAUCAUGAGAAUGACACCAUCGCCAAAUAUGAGAUCAUGGACGGGGCACCCGUGAGAGGCGAGUCCAUCCCGAUCCGGCUCUUCCUGGCAGGCUACGAGCUCACCCCCACCAUGCGAGACAUUAACAAGAAGUUCUCAGUGCGCUAUUACCUCAACCUGGUGCUGAUUGACGAGGAAGAACGGCGCUACUUCAAACAGCAGGAAGUGGUGUUGUGGCGGAAGGGUGACAUCGUGCGGAAGAGCAUGUCCCACCAGGCAGCCAUCGCCUCACAACGCUUCGAGGGCACAGCCUCCCUGGGUGAGAUGAGUAAGUAUCUCUGGAAGGAAGAUGGAUUCAAGAAAAACCUGUCCAACUCACCUUCAUAAGCCCCGCAAUGCCUGGGUCUUUGCAGUUGCUGUGGUAGAAGAAGGCCUCUUCUUCCAGCUUCAUGGCUCUAAGGAAGUUCCGGGCCUGGCCCACGGGAGAAGAAACAAGAACUAUCCUCCCCACCAGCUGGAAAAACUAGCUUUUAGCAGAAGUCUAGUCUGUUCUUGUUAAAGAGGUUUUUCUUAUUUGAAAUGUCCACCAAUUCAUUAAGAAAGUCUGUCUCCUUUGCCAGGAUACCCAGAUUUGUACCAGGAACUGGCUAGAACACAGGCCAUUUACAAAUAUACAGUCAGAGUAAUUACGGUAUUAAACACAUUUUCAGGUUUGGGUUCUGGGAAAAAGCAAUCUUACCCCAAAGGUUCUGCUACUGGGUAAGUCAUGAGGAUAAGUUACGCAUUUAUGCCCCCCUGGCCUUUGGGCGUCCUGCUCCUUACACCCUUACCUGGUAGUUUCGAACACCAUCCCAGCAUGUUGUCUGAUUGGGCUGUGCUUUGAGAUCCUCAAUGCCAAACUACCAACAGGAAAUACAGCCAUUCAUUAAACAGUCCUUGGCCAAUUGGCAAGCAUGUAUAGAAGCAGGCAGUUCCUUCCCUACAUUGAGAGGUGUUACAGACUGGUAGGUGUAAGGAGUUUAUUGAGAAGCAGCUCUGCAGUGCUACUUAUAUGUUGGGCAAAUGUAAAUAAGCCUUGUGUUCCCAUUAUCCUUACUAAUGGAGGAUUCCUUGAAUGGAUAAUCCAGAAAAUAAAGUAAUCUGCUGCUUACUUGUAUUUCACUUACUAGAUUAUUUUUUUUUCUAUUGUAUUUCUAAUUAUAUUUUCCACAAUUUUUUAAAAAAUUGGUUUACAUUCUUUCCCUGAAUAUAUACCAACUGUUAACAAGGAAAUACCUAGGAGCAUGGCAGGUGGAAGGAGAAGGCAACCUAAGAUUGACUUGUUGCCUAGAACCCACACCUGUUGCCAUCGAGUUGAUUCCGACUCAUAGCAACCCUACAGAACAGAGAAGAACUGCCACAUAGGGUUUCUAAGGAGGGUCAGCAAACCAGUCUUCAGGCCAGACGUAGCCCGAUGCCUGUGUUUGUAAAUAGCUUUCCUGGAACACGGCCACGCCCAUUCCUUUAAGUAUUGUCUAUGGCUGCUUUCCUGCUACAGUGGCAGAGGCGAGUGGUUGCAACAGAGACUGUGAGAGCCAUAAGCCUAAAAUAUUUACUACCUGGCCCAUUACAGGAAAAGUUUGCCAACCCCUGCCCUACAAGAAGCCCUGGUGGUGCAAUGGUUAAAGCGGCCGGCUGCUAACUGAAAGG